GGACGUCAAUAACUCACUAUGACAUCAUAGUAUCAUAAGCUUCUACUGUCAUCCCAUUUGCUACUUGAUUAUUGCGAGAGGGAGCUGUUGCGGUGACAGACUUGAUUAGGUGUGGAAGCUUUUCCCCAGUGCGAUGGAUUAUAUAGAUCCUGAGUGCUUAUCAGUUAUCGAUCCUGCUUGGGAGGUACUGGACCCAAACCCCAACCUCCAGGAAUUGUUCAUGUCACUUAAUCACAAGCUUUUCAAGGGAAAGUUGAUGUGGGUGGAAGUAAAAUGGAGCCGCAGGAUGACACAAAAAGCCGGGCUUUGUCGCUACAAGAUAAAUGAAGACCUGUGCACUAUUUAUAUCAGCAAGCCACUACUAAGCUUGAGAUCAAGGAGAGAUCUUGUUGAGGUCCUUCUCCAUGAAAUGAUUCACGCUUACCUGUUUGUGACACACAAAUACAAAGACGAAGGAGCCCACGGACCGGAGUUCUGCAGACACAUGAAGCGCCUAAACAACAUCACUGGCGCCAACAUUUCCAUCUACCACAAUUUCCAUGCAGAGGUUGCUAAAUGCAGAAAGCACUGGUGGCUCUGUAAUGGUCCCUGCAGGGCUUGGGGGCCAAAGUUUGGCUUCAUAAGGCGGGCAAUGAACCGGGCACCCUCUGCUCGGGAACGUUGGUGGUCACACCAUCAGGUUACCUGUGGGGGGACAUUUCUUAAAGUGAAUGAGCCCAAAAAAUAUGUUCAAAAAGGGAGGAAGAGGAGUUUCAGUUCACCAACUGCCACUCCAAAUGACAACAGUGGCCAUGAACUGCCCAGCAAGAGGGCCAGAAUGGACAAAUAA